GCAGCCCCGCCCACCAUGCUCCCGGAAGUUGCGACACUACGCCCUGCGCCAGUCCCGGGACGCGAGGUUUCAUAUCCGGAUUCUUAGCGCGGACUCAGAACCCCGCUCUUCCCUACGCGGUCAGCACAUGCGCGGCAGCUCUUUUCCUUCUUCUUCCACUUCCACUACCUUCCACCGUCCGGGAGCCGCCGCCACCGCCGCCGAGGAGUCAGGAAGUUCAAGAUGGCCGCCGCGGAGACCCAGUCGCUGCGGGAGCAGACAGAGAUGGAAGAUGCUAAUUCUGAAAAGAGUGUAAACGAAGAAAAUGGAGAAGUAUCAGAAGACCAGUCUCAAAAUAAGCACAGUCGUCACAAAAAAAAGAAGCAUAAACACAGAAGUAAACAUAAGAAACAUAAACAUUCCUCAGAAGAAGACAAGGAUAAAAAACAUAAACAUAAGCAUAAACACAAGAAACACAAAAGAAAAGAGGUUAUCGAUGCUUCUGAUAAAGAGGGUAUGUCUCCAGCAAAAAGAACUAAACUUGAUGAUUUAGCUUUGCUAGAAGACUUGGAAAAACAGAGAGCCUUGAUUAAGGCCGAACUUGAUAAUGAGUUAAUGGAAGGAAAGGUCCAAUCUGGUAUGGGGCUCAUUUUGCAAGGUUAUGAGUCUGGCUCUGAAGAAGAGGGGGAGAUUCAUGAGAAGGCAAGAAAUGGAAAUAGGUCUAGUACUAGAUCUUCAAGUACAAAGGGGAAACUUGAACUUGUGGACAAUAAAAAUACUACAAAAAAACGAAGCAAAAGCAGAUCCAAAGAACGGACUAGACAUAGGUCUGAUAAAAAGAAAAGUAAGGGGGGUAUUGAAAUUGUUAAAGAGAAAACAACUAGGAGCAAGUCAAAGGAGAGAAAAAAAUCUAAAAGCCCAUCCAAAAGAAGUAAGUCUCAAGAUCAAGCAAGGAAAUCAAAAUCCCCUAUCCUUAGAAGGCGAUCUCAAGAGAAAAUUGGUAAGGCCAGAUCUCCUACUGAUGAUAAGGUUAAAAUUGAAGAUAAAAGUAAAUCAAAAGAUAGGAAAAAAUCCCCAAUUGUAAAUGAAGGUAGAAGUCGCGAUCGAUGUAAAAAAUCCAGAUCCCCAAUUGAUUUAAGAGGUAAAUCCAAAGAUGGAAGGUCACGGUCCAAAGAGAGAAAAUCAAAACGGUCUGAAACUGAUAAAGAAAAGAAGCCAAUUAAAUCUCCCUCUAAAGAUGCUUCAUCUGGGAAGGAAAAUAGGUCACCCAGUAGAAGACCUGGUCGUAGUCCUAAAAGAAGAAGUUUGUCUCCAAAACCACGUGAUAAAUCAAGAAGAAGCAGGUCUCCACUUUUAAAUGAUAGAAGAUCGAAGCAGAGCAAAUCUCCCUCUCGAACACUGUCUCCUGGUAGAAGAGCCAAGAGCCGAUCCUUAGAAAGAAAACGAAGAGAACCAGAGAGAAGACGACUUUCUUCUCCCAGAACACGACCUCGAGAUGAUAUCCUCAGUAGACGUGAAAGAUCAAAAGAUGCCAGCCCCAUCAAUAGAUGGUCUCCAACCCGAAGAAGAAGUAGAUCUCCCAUUAGAAGGAGGUCUCGUUCCCCACUCAGACGUAGCAGGUCUCCAAGAAGAAGAAGCAGGUCUCCUCGGAGAAGGGACAGAGGUCGGAGGAGCAGAUCACGCUUGAGAAGGCGCUCUCGAUCACGGGGUGGUCGUAGACGAAGGAGCAGAAGCAAAGUAAAGGAAGAUAAAUUUAAAGGAAGUCUUUCUGAAGGAAUGAAAGUUGAGCAGGAAUCUUCGUCUGACGAUAACCUUGAAGACUUUGAUGUAGAGGAAGAAGAUGAAGAAGCCCUGAUAGAACAGAGAAGAAUCCAAAGGCAGGCAAUUGUUCAGAAAUAUAAAUACCUUGCUGAAGAUAGCAAUAUGUCUGUGCCAUCUGAACCAAGCAGCCCCCAGAGCAGUACGAGAACACGAUCACCAUCUCCAGAUGACAUUCUGGAGCGAGUAGCUGCUGAUGUUAAAGAGUAUGAACGGGAAAACGUUGAUACAUUUGAGGCCUCAGUGAAAGCCAAGCAUAAUCUAAUGACAGUUGAACAGAAUAAUGGUUCAUCUCAGAAGAAGUUGUUGGCACCUGAUAUGUUUACAGAAUCUGAUGAUAUGUUUGCUGCGUAUUUUGAUAGUGCUCGUCUUCGGGCCGCUGGCAUUGGAAAAGAUUUCAAAGAGAAUCCCAACCUCAGAGAUAACUGGACCGAUGCAGAAGGCUAUUAUCGUGUGAACAUAGGUGAAGUCCUAGAUAAACGUUACAAUGUGUAUGGCUACACUGGGCAAGGUGUAUUCAGUAAUGUUGUACGAGCCAGAGAUAAUGCAAGAGCCAACCAAGAAGUGGCUGUAAAGAUCAUCAGAAACAAUGAGCUCAUGCAAAAGACUGGUUUAAAAGAACUAGAGUUCUUGAAAAAACUUAAUGAUGCUGAUCCUGAUGACAAAUUUCAUUGUCUGCGACUCUUCAGGCACUUCUAUCACAAACAGCAUCUUUGUCUCGUAUUCGAGCCUCUAAGUAUGAACUUACGAGAGGUGUUAAAAAAAUAUGGUAAAGAUGUUGGUCUUCAUAUUAAAGCUGUAAGAUCCUAUAGUCAGCAGUUGUUCCUGGCAUUGAAACUCCUUAAAAGAUGCAAUAUCCUACAUGCAGAUAUCAAGCCAGACAAUAUCCUGGUUAAUGAAUCAAAAACUAUUUUAAAGCUUUGCGAUUUUGGGUCGGCUUCACAUGUUGCGGAUAAUGACAUAACACCUUAUCUUGUCAGUAGAUUUUAUCGUGCUCCUGAAAUCAUUAUAGGUAAAAGCUAUGACUAUGGCAUUGAUAUGUGGUCUGUAGGUUGUACCUUAUACGAACUCUAUACUGGAAAAAUUUUAUUUCCUGGCAAAACCAAUAACCAUAUGCUGAAGCUUGCGAUGGAUCUCAAAGGAAAGAUGCCAAAUAAGAUGAUUCGAAAAGGUGUGUUCAAAGAUCAGCAUUUUGAUCAAAAUCUCAACUUCAUGUACAUAGAAGUUGAUAAAGUAACAGAGAGGGAGAAAGUUACUGUUAUGAGCACCAUUAAUCCAACUAAGGACCUGUUGGCUGACUUGAUUGGGUGCCAGAGACUUCCUGAAGACCAACGUAAGAAAGUACACCAGCUAAAGGACUUGUUGGACCAGAUUCUGAUGUUGGACCCAGCUAAACGAAUUAGCAUCAACCAGGCCCUACAGCAUGCCUUCAUCCAGGAAAAAAUUUAAACAAGAUGAAGAAACUCCAAGGGUUUGAGUAAAUACAAAGACUGAAGAAAUUUCACAGCAGUUUAUUAAUGUAUAUAAACUUAUAAAUAUUUCUCCAGCAAAUUUGAGGAAGCAUGAUAUAUUUGAAUUAACACCAAGGGUGAUAUUUCUUUUAGAAAUGUUAGUUAAUCUGUUUUGUGUCUUACGUGAAAUUUCACUGUAGAACUGUUUUAAAUUGCCAAGACUGCACAAAAUUACAGUGCUAAUGUAUAUGGUUGCAGUUCACAUAAAGACAAAAGCAUCUGUUAUAAAAUGAGUAGUAAUAUUGGGUGGUUGAUUUGUUUUUAGCAGACUUGGCUUCAUUUUGGUCUUGAGAUAAAAUGGCCAGCAUAAAUGCUGUUUAUAUUCACGUUUUCCUAGGUAUGUGUGUGCAGGCCACAGCAGCAUGCCCUUGGUGUAGUCAGUGCCGAAAGGGGUCUGUUCCUUCUUGAGCCUGCCUGCAGGGAUGGUCUCCUUUUAAAGCAGGUUGUGUGCAGCAUUCAGUACACUGAAGGUAAGCUAAACCAUCAACAUCUCUGGUGUUUUAAGAUGUUAUUUUAUUGGAACAACUGACAAAUGAGGGAUGUUAGCUUUGUGGCAGAAUUCCCUGCAUGUGUGAUAACUGAUCUUGUUUUAUUUUUUGGCAUUGCAACUGUGGCAUAGUUACAAUUUCUGUUUGUUCAUCACAUUUAAAAUUGGAAGAGAACGCGCUUGAUGGAUAGAGCGCCUUCAGUGUACUGUUUCUUAUUAACUUUACUUUUUUAAAAUCAACUUGCUAUAGACUUUAUAUACAUUUUGUUAAAUAUAGUUCCUAGUGACAUAGAAACAAUGCGUAGUUUUCAUUUACUAAUUACAGAUGUUGAGGCCUAAUUCUGAAAGUCCUCAUAUUUAAAGGCUAGAUAGACAACGUAAUGAAAUUUUUAACUAUUUGUAUGUCAUUUUGAAAGUGUACUGCUUUACGGUAAAAGUGUUUUUCAUGUGUUCAUUGUUUUCAUUAUUUGUGAUCAUGUUGUCUUUCAAUACAGGCAUAAACCUUCCACUCUUGAACAAAGCAGCUGCUUUUUAAAAGCGGUAAUUGCUUCUUUACCUUUUAUUUCUUUUGUAAAUGAAGCUUUUCUUUAAGAAUGUGACUUUAAAGUGUUGUCUAUUGCAUAAAACAGUUGACACUCACUUAUUGUAAAGUGAAGAUUGUUCUACUGCAUGUGAAGUGGGCCAUGCAGAUUCCUGUAUGUUCUCAGUAUGCAUCACUAGAUAAUAAAGUCUUUUGUGAACAAGGCA